GCAAGAACGAACCCGAGCCCAGCUCUGAGGAUGAAAGCAACGAUGGGGUCCUUUCACCUGUCGAAGAGCCCAACAACACCACCAUGCACAAGCCAGAGAUGGAGAAUAAGAGGAUACAAUAUAGUAGAGACUUUCUUUUGAGCAUCCAGUUCAUGCCUGAUUGUAUGCAGAAGCCAGAGGGGCUUCCAUCCAUACCUGAUGUGGUGCUACACAAGUGUAACCAAAAUAAGUUGCCACCGGACCCACAGGGUCUCAGCUCCAGAGACUCAAAUAUCUCAAAUAUUCCAGCAGGAACUGGAAGCAGCUGUUUCAGCCAGUAAUCGUGAGAGGCUUCAGGACGAGCUGGAGGAGGCAAAAA